GACCCCCAGACACACAGAGACACGCUCCCCACUUGGGUUUCAUGGAUUCCCAGCCCAGCUGCGUGGUGGUAACUGGUUUUGGGCCCUUCCGGCAGCACCUGGUGAAUUCCAGCUGGGAAGCAGUGAAGGUGCUGUCCAAGCUGGGCCUGAACGGUGACAAGGACGUAGAGCUGCGGAUUCUCCAGCUGCCUGUAGAUUACAGGGAGGUGAAGCAGAAGGUCACCAGAAUCUGGGAAGAUCUUAAACCGCAACUCGUUGUGCACAUCGGCAUGGACACCUCCGCCAAGGCCAUCAUUCUGGAGCAGUGCGCCAAGAACCGGAGCUACCAGGACGCCGACAUCCGGGGCUUCCGGCCGGCGCGCGGCGAGUGCCUUCCGGAUGGCCCGGAAGUGAUCGCUUCGGAGGUCAGCAUGAAGGCGGUGUGCAAGCGCUUCGCGGUGGAGGGUGUGGAGGUGAUCUUUUCUCGAGAUGCCGGCAGAUUUUACCAAGCCAUGUUUCCUCCCAUCGAAAUGUUGUCCCAAGUCCUAAGGAACAGGCUGGAAGGAGAGGCCAGCGUUGGCCACGAACACGGUCUUCCGUCUUCCACGGAGGAAGCGCAUUCCAAUUGUGUGUCAAACGUCAUGACAUCCCAUAAAGGAGAGCUGGGUGGUCUGGGUCUCGCACAGCUGAAGUUCGACAGUGUCUCCAGAAUGCACCAGCUCCUGCUGCCUCGGGGAAGGGCUGUGUGUACUAAUGUUUUAAUGCUCACAUCAAUUCAAUGAUGUGCCUCAGUGGUUCACGUCACUUCAAGCAGUGUGAGCUGCUGUCAGAAGGAGGUUGCAUGGAAAAUGCCACAACUCAGCUUGAUUAGAUUACUUGGAGCAUACAAAAGAGAAAAAUCAAGAAGAGGUGGGAAAAUCAGCAUAAAAUUAGGCGAGAACUGUGGAUAGAUGAUGCCUUGGGAUAGUCAAGGUGGGUGGUUUGGUCCAGUAAAAUGACUGCACCAUCACACAAGCAAAAUUUUCUUUUAUUUAAGUGUUUCUGAAGCAUUUGUUAUGAUGGGCACUACACUAUUAGUGUUUUCUUUCUACUUAAAGAAAAACCACCUACGUAAAACAAAAACAAAAGGACACCAACAACUCGGACAGUUGAAACAAAACCCUUAUAACCAGUUGAAUGAUCUGUAGAAAUCCAGUUGUGGAAACCGGUAGGUAUGUGCAAAAGAGGAGCGGCCACUAUUCCAAGGGGUCACCUACAGUGUGGAAGAAGAAAACCCUGAUCCAACAGUUAUUUCUCAGUGACCUUACGAUGCCAGGGGCCUUGGGAAAAGAGGGUAGUGUUCUCGCAGUGGAAAGAGCGCUCCCGAGCCUAGCCACAGCGCUAGAACUGAAAGGAACCAUCCCUGCUUCGGGAAAACCCCCACCACCUUUCCCAGAUCGAGUCACCAGUGCCUGUGAGAGCAGCUGCUGGAAUCGGGACACGCGCCCUCCACCCGUGUGAGCAGCAGGAGGACGGGAUGAAGGCGCAGCCCUGGCAGGAGGCGCGCCACCCCCGAAGGAGGCUGGGCGCUGACCACCGGCCCUUUCCAGCCCGAAGGUUUGGUCUCUGUUUUCGCCUGGGGGAAGAGGAGAUGAGGGUGAAGCUGCGGAACAGUCUGGGGUGGGGCAGGGGGACUCCCGUCCUCUGUACUUCCUGAAUGGGACCAGCUGGCAGGUCAGGAACCUCUGCAUUCCCUCACAGGAGGCCUGGCAGACCGAGCUCUCAAUAGGGCUGUUGUGGCUGCACCACUGAACUUGACCCCCAGCGCCGUGAGAGCUCGUCCCCACCUCGGGCAGGCCUGCCCACGGCCGGAGCAGUGACCCAACUCCAAACAUCACACCUUUCUGGGUGGGACUCUAACCCAGAGACUGCCGGCCUGCCCUCCCCACCACCCCACUCCCUGGGUCCUGCCUGCCCUUCAAACCUAGAAGACGAGCGCUCUCCCAAUGACAGAAUCUGUCUGUUGUUGGAGCUGUGCGAAGUCCCUUUCAAAGGCAGAGAGCCAGGGGCGGCCCAGCGGCCUCCCCGGGGCUCGGUCUGCUCGCCUCCCAGCAGAGUGCGGGCGCCCUGGGCCGGGAGGAAGGAAAUCCUAACACCUCACAACCUCUUAGGAAACCAAGUUGGGAGAAGAAGAACGAAGGCAACACAAAACGAGACAUCUCAGGAAAAGGCAAGCUGUCUGACAUGGGAGGAGAGGUGUAUUAGUGUUGCUUUGACCCCGGGAUACAGCCUGACCUCCCCCUGCCUCGCCUGGUAUGUGCAGCCUGUGGUGUGGAUAGAGGUUACUGGUAUCAACGGCAUAUUGUCAGGUGCUGAGAAAUGUGAGAUGUAUUGUUUUGUAUAUAUACACAUAUAAAAAAUAACAGUGAGGUAGAUAAAUGUUUGAAAACCAAAACCAAGAAAAAAAAACCAACAAAAGCAAAAAAACAAAAAAACUGUCCUGUCUUACACACACACACACACACACACACACAAAACCCUUUUCUCAGUAUUUAAAUUCAUAAUGGGGCUUCUCUACAGUGAUUGAAACUGGUAUCACAAAAUAAAUUAAAA